ACAUAGCAAAACGAAGUACAGUGCAUCGCUAUAAUUCAUUAAUACAUCAUAAAUCGUGAAGCACAGGGUUAUAACGACCACGAUCCACAAAUCAAGCCCUCCAAAAUCACCCAAAUGAGCUCCUACUUUGUAAACUCCUUCUCGGGGCGUUAUCCAAAUGGCCCGGACUAUCAGUUGCUAAAUUAUGGCAGUGGCAGCUCUCUGAGCGGCUCUUACAGGGAUCCCGCUGCCAUGCACACCGGCUCUUACGGCUACAAUUACAAUGGGAUGGACCUCAGCGUCAACCGCUCCUCGGCCUCCUCCAGCCACUUUGGGGCGGCGGUGGGCGAGGGCUCGCGCGCCUUCCCCACGCCCGCCCAGGAGCCCCGCUUCAGGCCAGCGGCGUCGAGCUGCUCCCUGUCCUCGCCCGAGUCCCUGCCCUGCACCAACGGCGACAGCCACGGCGCCAAGCCCUCUGCCUCGUCCCCCUCCGACCAGGCGACCCCGGCCAGCUCCAGCGCCAAUUUCACCGAAAUAGACGAGGCCAGCGCGUCCUCGGAGCCAGAGGAAGCGGCGAGCCAGCUAAACAGCCCGAGCCUGGCUCGGGCGCAGCCAGAGCCCAUGGCCACCUCCACGGCCGCGCCCGAGGGGCAGACUCCGCAGAUCUUUCCCUGGAUGAGGAAGCUGCACAUCAGCCAUGAUAUGACCGGGCCUGACGGCAAGAGGGCCCGGACCGCCUACACGCGCUACCAGACCCUGGAGCUGGAGAAGGAGUUCCACUUCAACCGCUACCUGACCCGGCGGCGGCGCAUCGAGAUCGCCCACGCGCUCUGCCUGUCCGAGCGCCAGAUCAAGAUCUGGUUCCAGAACCGCCGCAUGAAGUGGAAGAAAGAUAACAAACUGAAAAGUAUGAGCCUGGCCACAGCCGGCAGCGCCUUCCAGCCCUGAGUCCUCUGGGAGGAGCCCUGGGCGGCCCAAGAGCCCCGGCCGCCCCCAGCCCCGGCCCCUCCGAGCCUCCCCGCGCCGCCGCCGCCGCCCCGCUGGGGACUGGAUCCCAUGCGCCUGCCUCGCCCCAGCCUUGUGUUACCAUGUUUCCUUUGGUCUUAGAUCUUCCUGUGGCUCCCUCUCUCCUGGACUGGUUGAUCAUGUUAUUAUUGUUAAUAAUGAUGAUAAUUAUUUCCCCUCCCUGCUCCUGGCUCCCCUCGGCGCCCCCCACAUCCACCAGUGUUUCUGAAUGUUCGUGUCCGUGGUUGCACUCCUUCCCCCAGGAAGAAAAGAAACUCGCAUGUGUAAUGUGAACUUCCCCCUCCCCAUCUUGUUCUUCUAACUUAUUUAUAAAAGGAUGAGCGCUGUAUUUUGAGUUUCAGCUGGAAACUUCUCUAAGGGGCAGCAGUGGAGGUGGGGUGGUUCCGCAGUGCCGGGCGGGCCCAGCUGAGCUGGCCUCGGAGAUGGAGUCCAUGACUGUGUUUCUUUCCGCCCUCCUCUCCCUCCGCCCCCUCCACUCCCCAGGCCCAAGUCUCUUGGUGGCUUGGUCCCGGAGUGGGAAGGGGCCAGGGAGGACCAAAGCGGUGAUGUUGAGAAGAGGGAAGGUGUAUAGUGAGAUUUGAGAGUUCCUGCCGCCUGGGUAGGCCCCACAGGCCUGCUCUGGGAGUGUACGGAAACAAAAAGAAUCCUCAGUGUAAAAUGUCUUGUGUAUUCCUCUGUGAAUCCAUGGGUCUGGUGUAGAGAGGCCUAACGCUUGUAAAUACGGGGAUACUCUGGGUAGACCCAUCUCCUUCCCCCCCUUAUCCAUUUUGCUUCCAAGACUAUUUGUAGUGAGCGAGUGGAUGCUGUGCUACGUGUGAAAUCUGUCUUUGCCGGGCCUGUCUCAGUGAUUCGCUUUUGGUAUUUGUUUGUAGCUUUCCUUAAAGUCAAAUAAAUGUUUCCCCUACUCCA